CUUCUAUUCUGCAAAAAUAUAAACCAAUAAGUUAAAUAACUCAUAUUUAAAAGAUCAUUCUCACAUUAAUAAACCAUAUUAAUAAAAUUUUAACAAGCAUUCAACACCUUUGUACUGCUUUCAGGAAUAAAAUAAAAAAAUGAGGAAAUGAGCGGCAAAUGAUGAAGCUAGAAGGGUUAUUCUCACUCGUCAUACUUUUCUAACCAGUGAAAGCGACAACAAGUGUGAUGCUGGAGGAGAAGGAUCUUUGAUGGAGGCAGAGUCAGAUGUCUGAGGUAGGAAUUUCAAGGAUGAGGUGGGCUGUCAGGUCAAAUGAUGCCGCCAAAGUUGCAACGUUAAGGGGAGUUAGCAGAAGAGCAAGCUGGAGGCAUCGAUGUGGCCGAAAAUCGUCGGAGAGGACGUUUAUGCGACAUGUGCUAAUUUUAAAGGUAGCAAGAAUAGAUAGUGGAGGAGAAACGCCGAUGAAUAAGGGGAAAAUGAUUCAUAAAAAGAAAGACCGAAAGAAUAACUCUACUUAAUUUAAAUUGUGUCAUUUUCCAAACAAAAUCAACAAAUUAAAAACUCUGCCCAAUUUGAUCCUAAAAUAAUAUAACAGAAAUCUAAAAAAUGAUUUAAAAGCUAGCUUGAAGCUUCUGAGGCAUUUAUUGUGCUUGAGCACUUUUACUAGUGUUUUUAUUGGGCUUUUGGUAAAAAAAACCUUAUGGAAUAAAAACUGCAAUUUUGUUAGGUCUAAUGCAUAAAAGCCUAGACUUUUAGGCUUUAAAAAUAAUUUUUGACUACAAUGGUUUUAAGAUUUUAUCCAAGUGGUAGGCUCUCAAGCGAGCGAGUGAGGGGCUUGCUAUCGCAACCUCUUUUUCCUAGGGUAUGGGGGCGAAAAAAGAAUUACACACUCAUUUUUGUUAGGCCAUGGUGCUUCUUCUUCCUGAAGUAGCUCAAUGAUAGUGAAGUUGGUUGUUAACUAACUGGUGGUAGAUUCAAAUCCUACUUGAGGAGAAUUUUUAGAUAUGACUUUUUUGAUGUAGCGAUCCUCAAUUUUUUUUUCUUUAGUCUCUAAACUAACUGAAACACGAGAAUUGUCAAUCUGAAAUUCAAGAGGACGAGUGAGUUUUACAAUACUGAAAGGGUUGGAAUACAAGAAAGUAGCGGAGUAUCAAGCUCCUCCCUCGUUCCUUUAAUAAGAGUGGGAGGGAGAACAGAGAGACUGUUUAGAAUUAUGUUGUAUGAGAGAGUAUGAGCUAUUGCAAGUUGUUACGCGAUAUUAUUAUAAAUUAUUAAGAAAUCUAUCAUGAUAAUGUGAUCCAUCAGUACAACUAUGACUAGUUUUUUCCCUCAAAGUGAUUCAAGUGAAAUGGUAUAAUAAUUUACCCAACAAAAUGAAAUUGAGCUAGAUUUUCCGACACAUAUACUGUGUAGUAUCCCUUUUGGUGGAAAUGAAACGUAACAUUUCAACCGUGAAUAAUUGAACCCAUAAAGAAGAAGAAGAAGACAAAGAAUAGAAAUGUGAGGUGGAUGCCAAUAUAUCAUUUUUAGAAGAGAGAAUGAGAAUCCCAAAUGCUCUUUAAUUCCUCCAUAAAAGACCCAAUGUGGAUGUUCCCUUUUCAGGCCAGACCUCGGAAACACAAGCUCAUCAGUUACUUCCGUCCUAACCCUACAGCCUAUAGCCCAUAUCCAUCUCUUUCAACCUCAGUACGUACUUAAUUAAUUACCCAAAUAAUGAACCAGAAAGCUUAUGCUGAUCACAAUGUUCGCGAGCUGAACCUCAUCGACUGCUUGAACCACCGUAGAGAGGAAGAGGAGGAGGAGCACAAGGUAAUAGAGUUCCAUUGCAACUUCUGCCACAGGAAGUUCUUCAACUCUCAAGCCCUCGGCGGCCACCAAAACGCUCACAAAAGAGAGCGGACGCUCGCCAAAAGAGGCAUCCUCAUGAUGCGAAGCAGCAACACUAGUAGUAGCAGUGCUUUUGGCUACAGCCCUUAUAAUUGGCAAUUCCAUUACGGCGCGGCGCCGUUUGGUAUGCAACCCCACUCUCACUCUCUUCUCCACCAGGGGUCUUCUGCUUCUUCUUCUUCUUCGGCUGUUCGGCCAGCUGGAAAACUGAUGCCGAUGCCGAUGAUGAUGAGGAUGAGUAGAUCUGCCGCCGCGCCACUUCUUCCACACCGACACCGGCCGCCAACGCUCGGAGUCCGCGGCGAGAUGAGUGGUGGUCGGUUGGAUGAGGGCCAAAAUGAUGGCUUGCAUAAGCUUGACCUAUCACUCAAGCUCUAAGGCGCGCUAUGACUAGUUUGUUAUCUGAAUUCGCAGCGGUUCCAUAUAACGUAUAGUAGAGCACUAUACCUCAUUUGAAUAGAAAAUUAUAUAUCGAGUGGUACUUGGACGCCAAAAGAAGCAAAACGAACGAGGUCAGAAGUUAGAAGGUCUCUCAUUUGCUAUACUAGAUCUGGGCCCAGAGAAAAGCUGGAUUGUGGCUCGGAGAGACUUAUCCCUAAAUCCGCCAUUGAUCCUGAUCUCUUAUCUUCUUCUUUUUUACGUCAUUCCUUCUUCUAAAAAAAUAGGGAUGACAGCAUAUCAGUUCGACGAAUAAUGUAAACAUGUUACU